GUGUGUGUGUGUGCGCCGCCGCUGUUGCGCAGUGUAGACUGGGAGGUGCGCAGCUCAGGCAGCUCAGGAGUCAGGACAGUGCGGGAGCCGGGAGGGACUGAAGUGUGGAGUCUGAUCCAGAUGUGAACCUGUGUGAACCCGAAUCCUUCCUGAAUCCUUCUCACACGCGUUCACCAUGCACACAGGUGUGUUCAUGGAGUCUCACCUGGACAAGUUUGUCCAGUUUGUCAUUCGCUUCCUUCUGCUCACACACCUGUGCCUGUCUGCACCAGGUCUACCAGGAACACAAAGAGAAGAAGCAGCAGAGCUCCACUCUCCUCCUGCAGCACUUCACAAUCCCUUUGGCUCUGGGGAGGAGGAACGCAGGUUGCUGCAGAGUUACAUUCAGUCCACUCUGAAGGUCGAUGGCCAAGGAGGACCUGAAAUCAACUCCAGGGAACAAGAGGUGUUCUUCUUGUGUCAUCUCUAUGACUACGAUCGCAGCGGGCUGUUGGAUGGCUUGGAGGUAAUGAAGCUACUCUCGGACUAUAACUCCCAUCAUGCACCAGGAAAACAGCCCAAUGAGUUGGUGGUGUCCAUGGUAGAUUACUUACUUCAGACUCAGGAUCUCAACCAGGACGGUCUAUUAGCUCCUUCAGAGCUGCUGUCUCCCUCAUUACCUUACACACAGGACUCCGGCACCAACAAAGUAGGUCAUCAGGAGCACGAGGAGGUAGUGGAGGAGAAGUUGUCAAACCCCGGCACUGACGAGAAAGAGGAAGACAACGUUCAGCCUCAACAUGAAGUUGAAGAAGAUGAACUCAUGAAGCAAUUAAGUGAAAAUAAUGGACAAGCUCCAGCAGCUGAUCAGGGUGAUCAGGGUGAUCAGGGUCAUCACCUGGACGUUCCUGUACAUCAUGGGCAACCAGAGAUAUGAAUGCUCGCUCACACACACGAUGGAUUAAUCUCAAUAACCGGGGAGAAUAAAAUGUUCAUUUCCUCAAAAGGAUCUGAAUUUUUACAAAACAUUUUUGUUAAACAUAGAAUGUGAUGAUCAAUCACAAGGAGAAGUCUUCCUGUCAACUAAUCAAAUUCUUUACUGAUACAAGCAUAUUCAGAGUUGUAUAAGGGACAAAUGUCCUGAAUUUGAGAUGCAUUAUAUUCCUUAUUAUUAGAAUGUAAACCAGCAACAAAAUUAUGAAAGCUAUUGUACUGCAUUUGAAUGUUUAGUAUGCCGUUUAAAUACUCUGGAAGGUUUGUUUUUUGUAGACACUGUUACAAAUUAUUACAGACAACACUGGUCGUCCGUAAUAAUUUUCUUAAAAAAAAGAAAAGAAGUUUAAAUUGCACAUCAUAUUGUAUCAUAGUGGCCAAGCCUCACACUAUUUCGAUGUAGUAUUUUAUUUGACAAGUAUUACAAUGUUGAGUGUGUAACAAAUUAUGAAGCUGCAGAACAGUACUGUAUUCCAAAUGAAUAAGCUUUACUGUAAUUUAAUAAACUGUAACAAGGCUACAAGAUCUUUUUUUUUAGCCUGUAUUUGCAAACUGACAAUGUUUUGUUUGCAGUCUGACAGGUUCACUACUUUCUAAAUUCUGUUUGUCUUUUUAAGCAUUUGUGGAUUUAUACAAUUGGAGAAAAUAAAGCAAAUAUUACCCCUC